AUGACUGAUUUGACGCAGAAGCCCGAUGGCCUUAAUCUCUACUCUCGGUUCGCCUUUGCAGGUGCCGUCUGCUGUUCCGCCACUCAUGGCGCCUUCACCCCAGUCGAUGUCGUCAAGACUAGGAUCCAGCUUGACCCUGUUACCUAUAAUCGUGGUAUGAUCGGCGGAUUCCGUCAAGUGAUCCAAAAAGAGGGCGCCGGGGCUCUCUUGACAGGCGCUGGCCCAACCUUUGCUGGUUACUUCAUGCAGGGGGCAUUUAAAUUUGGCGGAUAUGAGUUUUUCAAGCAGCAAUCAAUCAACGCUCUCGGUCUCGAAAAGGCCCGCCAAAACCGUGCUGCGGUAUACUCCGUCUCUGCUGCUAGCGCUGAAUUCUUCGCCAGUAUUGCUCUCUGCCCUCUUGAGGCUACUCGUAUUCGCCUCGUUUCUCAACCUGGCUUCGCAACCGGGCUGAUUAGCGGCUUUGGCAAGAUUCUCAAGAACGAAGGCGUCGGUGCUUUCUACAGUGGCUUUGGCCCUAUUCUCUUAAAGCAGGUUCCUUACACCGUGACCAAAUUUGUCGCUUUUGAGAAAAUUGCUGAAGCAUUUUUCGCUCGCUUUGACAAGUCUCAGCUGUCAGCUGGUGCCCAGACUGGUGUCAACUUGGGAUCUGGCCUCCUUGCUGGUUUCGCUGCUGCCAUCGUCUCCCAACCCGCUGAUACCAUGCUCUCCAAGAUUAACAAGACCAAGGGCUUACCGGGCGAGAGCACCGUUUCCCGCCUCAUCAAGAUUGCUGGCGAACUUGGUCUUCGUGGUUCCUUCACUGGUCUUCCUACUCGUCUGUUUAUGAUUGGAGGCCUUACUGCUGGACAGUUCGCCAUCUAUGGCGAUAUCAAGAAGGCUCUGGGUGCCACAAAUGGGGUUGAGAUCUCCAAGUAA